AUGAACGGCCACUUGGUGAGAUUCCUUUUACUGUGCGUGCUCUGCAGCUCGCUGGCCUUUGGCCAGGAUAGUGAUACUGAUGGCAACCAGGAGACAUCCACCGCCAGCCAGGAGGCAGCCCGAGGAUUGGCCAGCAGCUAUGAGCCGGAGGACAAGCAGGCGCUGCGCAAGAACUCGCACAUCUUCAUGGGCAUCUACAAGAACUACAAGAGCACCUAUCUGGGCAACAAGACGACCAGUGAGUACAAAAAAAGGCUGCGAGAUCGCGUGAGUGCCCCCCAAAUGGCGGAGAACGAAACGCCUGAGUCAUUGGAUCCCGAACAGCUGGACCCUAAGGAUUCACUGGUCCAAGAGAUCCGUCAAGAUGCCCAGGCGCAGGCUUUGAUGGAGGCUCAAACCGAAUCCCCAAAUUACGAUGAUAGUGAAUCCUUAGCUGGCAAAAAGCGGCGCAAACGCAAGCGCAAGGAUCGCAACAAGCGGCGGGAGGAGGUGGAAGCCGAAACGGAUCAACCUGAUAGUGAUCCUGACCUAGAGAACGAGACCAUACAGCGGUAUCAUGUGGGUCCUGGACUCAAUGUCAGUCUGGACAUGAGCAACGACAUUGUGCACGUAAAGCUGGAUGGCGAGAAUCUCAAGGAGAUCAUGGGAGCUCGUUGGCUAACCCUAGAUAAUAGUGAAGAAGGUCGUGGCAAGAAGUACGACAUGAUCACCAAAGUCUUACCACUCUUCAUCCUCCCCUUCCUCAUCCAAUCGGCCAUUGUACCAUUUCUGGUCACCAAGCUGAAGUUGCUCCUGGUCAAAUCCAUUCUGGUGGGCAAGCUGGCCAUCUUCCUGCUGAUCAUCUCGGCCAUCAAGAAUGGCAACAAGAUGGUCCAAAGUUACGAGGUGCCUUCAUAUUGGGCCGGCGAACCCAGUCGGAGGUCGGAGUUGGCCGCCGCUGCCUCCUCGGCGGCUGCCGCCUACAAUGGCUAUCGGGUUGAGGGCAAACCGACCACCUGGAUCAGCUAG